ACACCCCAUUCUGAGUGUCCCUCUGGUUUUGUUUGCUAUUUUUAUGGUGGAAUAAUAAUGAACUUACUACAGAAUUUACUUUAUCAUAAAUUUGACUUGCUAUAUUGUAGCCAAGGUUACAAGAAUUAAAAAAAAAAAAUAGAUUCUUUGAAGUAGAUACAAGGGAAGCACUAAAAUUUAGAGAAUUUCUUCUGGCUACUAACAGAAUUCAAGGUUGGAAAACUUUCACAGGUAUUUUUGUUGUCUCUUAAAUUUGGAAAUUCAGUCUUUAUGAUAUAGAAGUAUUUUGAAAGAGAAAGAAAAGGAAUGUUCACAAAGUCCUGAAUGUUUUACUAAUUCAUGAGGGUUUUUUCUCUGUAGGAGAAAUGUAUGCAGGAGGAAGAGUAAUAUUGUCUUACUAAUCAGAGGUGCAAUUCACAAAACAAAACUGCCGUUUGGAAUAUCUGGGAAAUGAAAGGCACUUUGUAUACUACAAAGUAUACAAAUUAACACUUCUUUAGUUUCAAAUAUUUAGUGUCAGCCUCUCACGCCCUUCACCUAUGGUAUUUAAACAUCUCUAUUAUAUUUUUAGACUCAUAAACCAAUGUAUAUAAGAUGCAUGUGUGUAUUUAUACACAACUUCUUACAAACAUUCAUCUUACAGCCUUGUAUGCUGCUACUCUCAGCAGAUUGGAAUGGAUGCAUUAGCCAUAGGUAAACACCUUUCUCAGCAACAACCUCGCCUUCCCUUCUUUUUAAAUGGCAAAAUGUGGCUUUUAUCGUUGAUUACUUGCAGGUCUGCUGGAAAUAAGCAAAUUGUUGCUCUGUUAGAACUUUCAGCCUUCUCUCCAAUUCCCUUGUUUCACAGCUUCCUAAAAAAAACUUGGCACAAGUUCCUAAAUAAUGUCACUAGGUUUUAUUGUCUGCAUGAACCCAUCUUGCAGCUUGUUCAGAUAAAACUGCAGUAGUUCUGUUCUCUGUGUAGGGUCAUAAGGUUGCUCAAGAAGUGGUUGCUCCUUGAACUUUUUUUUCUAUUAAGUAAGAGUAGGCCAAGAAAAUGGAAAUUUCUACAAAACUGGGUAGAUAUGGGUUUUCUCAUUUAAUAGGAAGUCUAGUACUCCUGCAGAUGACACUAGAGUGACUGUAGGGGGUCAUAUUGAAAGUCAGUGUAACCCAGUAUUGUGUCUCCAGCAGAGGCCCAAAGUGGACGCUUGGGGAGGAAUAUAAGAAUGAGGCAUGUAAUGAUUUUUCCUUUGUGUAGCAUGGAUUUGGAGGCUCAAAAAGCACUCAAACUUUUUGGAAAACAGUUGUACUUUAUAGGUACUUUGAGACCAGAGUCCAUUCUCUACCUGCCCAAAUUACAGAACAUAUUCAGUAAAUGCCAAAGAUAUUUUCUCAGGAAAACAAGUUCAUUUUUUUUUAUUAUUUUCUUUAGGAGUUGUUAAGGAAUGCCAUCUAUUUGCAUUUUUCUUUUUAAAUAGUUAAUAUUCUAAAUUGGGAAGAGUAACAUCAGUAGUUUAAAGAGAACCACCAUUUGUUCGAUGAAUUUCCCAAAUCCUUAACAUGAAGAGGAAGGUGGGUCAAGAUGGGUCAUGUCAGGAAACAGAGAAAAUAAGCUGCUUUCUAUUUCAGGAAGUUCCGGAAGAGAUGCGAGAGCUGCGGGAAACAUCUAACUGAUACUCUGAAGAAACAGCAGACUUGUUGGCUUCCUUAGUUGUGCUUAAUUUGUACCAUUGGCAAAAACUCUGAUUCUGUUUUAAGUGAUUCUCUGGGCCUGUCUUCUAUUAAUGCAGUUAUUAUCUCUGUCUACUGUUAACCAAAUUUGAGGGUAGUCUUUGAAGCAUGAGGAAAGUGAUGUGCUGGAGGAGGUGUCUGAACUUCUCAUCCUUUAUGGAAAGAAUGUAUUGUGUUACAAGUGUCAUUACCUCUUUCAAGAGAUCUGUCUGAGAUAAUACUUUUGUCUUGAUCUGCUUUAUGAACUAGAAAAGGUAUUUGGUUAAGAAUUGUACUUUCAGUUUUCUCUUUCUGGAAGCAAAGGCAAGAGAAAACUAUUCAUGAUUCUCAUUCUGGACUCAAAUUCACACCUCACUUGUCCUCUCAUCAAUCUGCAAAAAUCACAGGCUUGAAAUAAAAGAUGCUUGGUAUAAAUAAAGCUUAUAGCACAUAUAAAAAUAGGAGAAAAGAGUUCAAUCUAGUUUAAGUAAUGAUAAAAUAAGUGUCUGCAGAGGUUUAACAAGACAGUCAUACACAAGCAGAGAUCAUCAAUUCUUGGCAAAAAUAUUAGAGGAUCAGUCUUAACUGCAAGACACUUCCUAGACACAGAUAACCUCCAGAACAUGUCCAGAUUUGGCAAUUUUACUGAAGUACUCAGAUAAUGUAAUACAUCUUUAAACAUUUCCUUCUUUUGUCUAUCUGUGAUAUAAAGCAGCUCCCACCCACUUGACGUUAUAGACUAAGUGAUUCAGAUCUAUUGGCUCUUGGUUGUGGAAAAAUCUGCCUGGAGGUCAGUCGUGGUUCAUACCACAAGCAGCCAUCCUUUUUUUGCUCUGCUUAACUUCAGCUGGCAUUUUUAGAUGGACACAUGUAUCCUUACUUUCAGGUUUGAUUAAAGGUCUGCAUGGAGUGUUAUGCCAAGUGUAAGGACCUCUGUAUGGAGCCUGUCUGUGAAAGUUAACUGGCCCCUGCUGUGUCCGAGCACAAAGUAAAGGAGGUGACUGCGAUUCAAAGGCCAGACUGAGAGAGAGCCUAGAGGAGGCCAUUGCUGCCACUCUGGUGGUAUCGCUGUAUGAGCACAUCAGCAAAUUGAUCCGGCCCAGAAACUGCUUUUAUAGUCUCAGAGAAGUUCUGCUGUGUCCCUGAAUGUCUUCUCUGAAACUGGAGGAGGCUUCUACCUGCCCCCCAUUUCCUGUAAACAACAAUCAGACUUUAGUAAUUGGGACUUUUCUGAUUUACAAACCCACAUGAGACUUUUUGGAUUCUUUAUGCAUGAAGCAAAGUGUAUCUGGGGAUGAAUAAUGUUCCUUCUUUUUUUCUUUUCACUGAAUAGUUUGGGGGCUGGGGGUUUUGAUUCCUUAGGUAUUUUAAGAGAAAUGCAUUUUUCCUUUUGACAACUCUCAGAAAUAUGCUCCUUUAAGAACCUCCUACAUGGUAUGUAUUUGCAAUUUGUAAACACAGUAUGUCAAAGAAUGAUUUGAUUCAGUGGCAAAGCAGCCAGCUAUUUGCAUGUCAUGAGGUCUAAGGGAAACAAACUGACCCUCAGCCUUCCCCCAUCCAGCCAAAUUCUGAUGGGACCCUCAAAUAGCUCUGGCAAAGUGUUCUGUUUCUUUUGGACUUGAUGAACUUGUUUCUGUGAAGGCGUGUAAUUAUUUCUUCCUUUAUUUUGCUGCACAAGUUACCAAGAGAAGCAGCUUAAAACAAAAUAUCACUUGGAGAACCCCAACAGAAUGACCAGCAGUCACACAGACUGUCAUUACUGCCUGCAGUCUCUUCGUGGAAGGAAAUAUGCAUUGAGAGAUGAAAACGCUUAUUGUGUUGCAUGUUAUGACAGCCUGUAUGCCAACCCCUGUGAAGAGUGCAAGCAACCUAUUGAGUGCAAUUCCAAGGAUCUGGCCUACAAAGGCCGCCACUGGCAUGAGAGGUGCUUCAAGUGUGCCAAGUGCAGUCGCUCGCUGGUGGAGAAACCGUUUGCUGCCAAGGACGAGGUCUUGCUGUGUACAGAAUGUUACUCUGAUGAGUAUUCGUCUAAGUGUUUCCAUUGCCAGAAGACUAUUAUGCCUGGUUCCCGUAAAAUGGAAUUUAAGGGGAGUUCCUGGCAUGAAUCCUGUUUCGUUUGCCGGUAUUGUCAGCAACCAUUGGGAACAAAACCAUUAAUCACCAAAGACAAUGAGAAUUACUGCGUACCCUGCUUUGAGAAGCAAUUUGCUCACCAUUGUUACUCUUGCAAAAAGGUAAUAACUUCUGGAGGCGUGACCUGCCAUGACCAGCCUUGGCAUAAAGAAUGUUUUGUUUGUGCUGGGUGUAAAACCCAGCUCUAUGGACAAAGGUUUAUUUCCAAAGAUGAGUACCCAUACUGUAUGGACUGUUUCAGCAGAUUGUAUGCUAAGAAGUGUGCUGCUUGCAAGAAACCUGUUACAGCUCUCGGAAGUGCCAAAUAUAUCUCAUUUGAAGAACGUCAGUGGCAUGGGGAAUGCUUUAACUGUGCAAAAUGCUCUGUCUCCCUGGUGAGCAGGGAAUUCCUCACUCGGCAGGAUGACAUCCUUUGCCAUGAAUGUGCCUCUGCUUCGUAGUUCUGUGGAAAGCUGUACAGCUGCAUUAUUCUCACUCUGUAACAACACAGUUCAUUACUCUGCUGUAAGAAAACCACAUAAAAGUUGUAGUAGUUAUUUAGUCAUUCAAGUAACUUUCCCUCAGCAGUUUAAUUCUAUCAUAUCUAUAACUGCUUAUAGAAAAAUUAUGCCCCAUACUGGUUAAGAAAAACAACCCCAUACUGGUUAAGAAAAUGAUGCAGAAAAGAUUCACAUAUAUUUUAAAUCUAACUACAGUAUGUUUUCCUUGUAACACACUGCACUCUGCUGUUAGAAGCUUAAAAAUUUACCUUUCAUCUCCCAUGAAAACAAGGAGGAUUGUGAAAAGUCUGUAUGAUAUAUGAAUAUUGAUGAGGCAUUAACAUUGUUUUAUGGAUGCAGACCUGGGCAUGGAGAGCUAGGCAUGUACAUUUUUCUAUUGGAUCAUAAAAUCAAUGAGAACAACUCAUAAAUAUUAUAUUUGUCCACACUUUAGGCCAAGAAGAUGCUGACAAAGCAGGCAGAAACUGUGAGGAGGAGGUGCUUCCCCACAGAGGGCCACUGAGUCAGAGAUGUUCCUUCCAGGGCUAGAAAAAGGGGAAAAAAGGUCACUUUCCUCCUCUUACUGAGAUUGUGAUUGCUCCUCAAAAACAUAGUCUUCAGGCAUCCAAAACACUACAACACAAGUCCUUUCCCAAAAUUGGGUAACUGUGCUUAAUUUUUCAGACACAGUUGCUCUAGAACAUAAAUAAAUUCGUAUUUUGA